AUGUCCAAUAUGGAGAAAAACCUGUUCAACUUGAAGUUUGCUGCCAAAGACCUGGAGCGACAAGCAAAGAAAUCAGAGAAGGCUGAAAAGGAUGAGAAACUUAAGUUGAAAAAGACAGAGCUCAAUGCACUGCAUGGUACCCAAUCUGUGAGGUUGGGAUUACAUUGUCAGAAAAUACAGAACUCCAACAUAGGGAAAUUGGGGUGGGGGGGGGGGGAGGUUUCGCAGCUGAUGGACAGGUUUGAGCAACAAUUUGAGAACUUAGAUGUGCAGUCGCAGGUGAUGGAGAACACAAUGAUGAACUCCUCCACUCUGACAACACCACAGAGCCAAGUUGAUUCUCUCAUGCAGGAGGUGGCUGAUGAAGCAGGGUUGGAGUUAAACUUGGACUUGCCAUCAGCGCAGGGGUCUGCUGUCGGAGCUACUGCAUCAACACAAGCAUCACAAGAACAGGAUGAAUUAUCACAGAGGCUGGCUAAACUUCGUCAGAUGUAG